AGAAUAGAGAUUAUCAAAACCGCUUUUCCUUUACCUUUUCUUGUUAGUCCAACACUUGGUCUUUACGCUUCAACAGUUGGAUCGUCGGAGAAAAUGGACAAAUUUAGCAACCGAUUCAAUAACCGGCGAGUCCAACUCAACGAUUCAAAGCCUCGAUUCGACGACCACAUCGACAGCGAACCUCAGCCGUCCGAUGAUAAUCCGUCGCAGAAUCUGGAGCCUUUCAUGGGGGUCAAAGUUCGAAGGUUAGCUUCCUUUCACAGAGAUUAUCGAGGUGAUUAUCUUGAUGUUUCCUCAAAUCCUUACCUCUUGAAGAUUCUCGAUAAACAAGGUGACAGGCAAGUUCUCUUUGCUGAUAAAGUUUUAAAGUUCACUAGUACUGGAAAGAUGAAGAGGCGCAUAUUGAUAGUGACAGACUUCGCUCUUUAUGUGAUCGAUCCUGAUACUUAUGCCCUUAAAAGGCGAAUAGCCCUUGCAGCAGUGGAGAAGCUAUAUCUGAGCAAAUUAUGUGAUAAUUUCCUUGCCAUCAUCAUUCCAACAGAGUAUGAUAUCCUGAUGGCAAGCACUAGAAAGAAUGAAAUUGUUACUAUCUUGGUGGAUGCUUCAAAGAGUACUUCUAACUUUGAGAUUGAUGUGAUUUUCAAGAACAGGUUUGAGUAUAAUCCAGCUGCUGAUUUCGUGAAGGAGGUUCAUUUUGAGGAAGUUGAAGGUGGUGUAAAGACGCGGAUUUUACGCAAGCCUGAAGAGGAUUAAGUUUGGCGUAGUAAGACCUGUUUUCAGUGUUCCUGAUAUAUUGGUGUAUCCGUGUAUGAUAACUUUUCUCGGGUAUUAUGCCAAGUCCUGCAUGAACCAUCCAGGUCUUCUAUACGGAAACCUUAAUAGUACAUAACUUGUAAUCAUGUACAUUAAUCUUUGCAUUUCUCUGAUGUUUUUUCAGCUUUAAUUUCUUUAAAUCUUUUGUUUUUUCUGCGAAAAAUUUAGAUGAUCCAAAUGUGUGUAGAUGUAGUCCAAAAUUCAUCAGAAUUCUAUGUAAGUUUCCAGUAUUCAAGAGAUUGUCCUUCGGUUGUGUACUUUAA